AAGCUGCAGAAUAGUCCGUGUAUAACAGCUAAAAGUCCUUCGACAAUGGGAAAUUUGCAGCUUGGCAUGCUAUAAAUCGCAUAGUUCGAAUUUAACUGGGACACAAACCAUUUCGAAGCGUGGCUGUGCGCAGGCCUGAGCGUUAUUAGCAACGAAGCUGGACAAGACGACGAGCAGGCAACUCGUCUGCACGCAAGGACUCGGAGCGCAGGCAGCGCGACAGCGACGCCGGCAGAAUAACGGUUAGCCACAGCGGACGAUGUCUUUGGCUAUUUGUGAGACCGACGAGCGCGCUUCGCAUUCAGUGUGAAUUGUGUCCUCGUGAAGAAAGGAUAUUCGUUACAUUGUUGUUAAGUUGUUAUUAUAAUUUCCAAACAAACCAGCAAACAAAGCAAAGCAAACCAAAACCAAAAAUAAAAAAUAUGUAAAAACGCCCAUCUACAAACGCAACAACUUGAAGACGGAAAUUCAAAUACAAAGCACACAAAAACAAAAUAAAAAUAGAUAUCCAAAACAGACAAGGCAGCAGUCAACGACGCGUAAAAAAUAAACAGCAAGAGCGACUGCAAGAUAUAAAUAAAUAAAAGCAUAAAACGAAAAUAUAAAAAAAACAUAAACAUAAAUAAACUGACAAAAUAAAGUUGGCAAAACGAGCAACUUUAACACGAAAACCACAUGAACUUGCUAAAAAAAUUCUUAUUGGUCUGUGAUAAGUGAAGGUAAAGCUAAAUUAAAUUAAAAAAGUUUUUAAAAGCAAAACGGAAAAUAAAUGCGAGCACAAACCACAAAGAGAAACUUUUGAAAUUAGUAAAAUUGUAGAAAUCAUUUAACGCAUCAAAUGAUUUACAUAUAACAUUAAAGAAACCCAAAAAAAAAAAAGAACAAACAAGCAAACAAACUACAAAAACAGCAAUUAAAAGUGCGGUUUCACACAAACACAAAAUAAAAAAAGUAUAUAAAUACAAAUAAAAAAGAGGCUCCGAAAUAUAUUUAGCAAAAUUAUAACACGAUUUGAUGAUACACAUCAACUAAGAGGCGGCACUUCAUUAAACAUCAAAGCGAAUUGCGUCUAACCGCAAAACGUGCAACAGCAACACCACAGCAGCAACAGCAACAGCAACAACAGCAGCAGCACAUUAAAGUGCCAUUGAAAAAAUGUUGGCAAUGCCCACGCUAAUGAUGCCUGCAACAGCACAGAUGACGCUCAGCAGUCAGCCGCUGUCGGUGGGCGCCAAGCCCUAUGAGACUAAGCUGCUGGCCAUACACCAGACACACCUGCAGCAGCAGCAGCAACAGGCGCCAGCUCAGCAGCAGCAGCAGGCGCAGCAUCAGGUUAAUGUGAAGCAGCAACAGCAGUCUUCUCAGCAAAUGUCCAUUGUUACCAGUCAGCAGCAGCAGCAGCAUCAUCCACAGUCGCAGUCGCCGCAUCAGCAGCAGUCGCAGCAGCAGGCGGUUGCUGCAGCCGCUGCAGCUGCAGCAGCAGCCGCUCAUCAUCAGCAGCAGCAACAAGCUGCUGUCGCCGCGGCCGUCUGUGCCGCCCAGCAGCAGGCGGUGGCCGUUCAACAACAGCAGCAGCAGCAGCAACAACAGCAGCAGCAGCAAUACCAAAUCCACUCGCAACAGCAGUCGCCGCAGCAGGUGCUCUGCGUUUCGCCCAAGCAGGAACAAUUCCAUAUCUUUGUGGGCGACUUAAGUUCAGAAAUUGAAACUCAGCAGUUGCGCGAAGCAUUCACACCUUUCGGCGAAAUCUCCGAUUGCCGUGUGGUGCGCGAUCCACAAACAUUGAAAUCGAAGGGCUAUGGAUUUGUGUCCUUCAUUAAGAAAUCGGAAGCUGAGAGCGCCAUUACGGCCAUGAACGGGCAGUGGCUUGGCUCGCGCUCAAUUCGCACGAAUUGGGCCACACGGAAACCGCCGGCGAGUAAAGAGAACAUCAAGCCGUUGACUUUCGAUGAGGUCUACAACCAGAGCAGUCCCUCCAAUUGCACCGUUUAUGUGGGCGGCGUUAACAGCGCCCUCACCGCACUCAGCGAGGAGGUGCUACAGAAAACAUUUGCGCCCUACGGCGCGAUACAGGAAAUACGCGUCUUCAAGGACAAGGGCUACGCAUUUGUGCGCUUCUCCACCAAGGAGGCCGCCACCCAUGCCAUCGUCGGUGUGCACAACACCGAAAUCAAUGCACAGCCUGUUAAGUGCUCCUGGGGCAAGGAGAGCGGCGACCCGAACAAUUCCCAGACUAUGGCCAGCCAGGCUUUGAACAGCGCCGCUGCCGCUGGCUUUCCGUAUGGCGUGAACGCUGCUGCUGCCGCCGCUGCCGCCUAUGGGCAGCAGUUGGCCGCCACUGGGUGCUGGUAUUCGCCGACGCCCACCUAUCCGGCCUCGUCGGCCACCGCAGCCGCUGUAACACCUGCUGCAGCGGCCGCCAGCGCUGCGGCUGUACAGAAUCAGUUCCUGCAGGGCAUCCAAGGCUACCAUUUCAGCCAGUACGGAGGCUAUCAGCAGGGCUACAUGGGAAUGGGUGUGCAGAUACCAGCCACUUGGCAAGGCGUCACCCAGGCCCAGAUCUCGCCGGCCCAGCAGUUGGCAACGGGUGUUGCAGGCACUGGUAUACCACAGGCCGCCGGCGUAGUUGCUUAUCCGAUACAGCAGUUCCAAGUGAGCCCACAGUUGCCAGAAGAUGAAUGGUUAGCUGCAAAUUUAUUGUGUUAGAACAAACAAAAACCAGAUACAAAUUAUGUAAACAUACAUAGAUACAGAUGAAACCCAUGUAUUUCACAAGUCUGUAGAACUUGUAAUUUGCUAUAUUUCAUAUACUCUACCUACAAACAUACUCUUAUUUGUAUUUUGUAAAGCUCAGUCUUGGUCCAACUCGUAUUCGAUUCUCAUUUAUUUAUUCAUCGGCCUUAGACUGGGAAUGAUUUUUUUCAUAUCGAGUUCACAAAUUUGAUAGCCAUAAAAAUUGGUAGGGAAUAGCAAAUUGCGAGUGUAAAUGGUCUGUGAAAUGUAUGGGAGAGAGAUUAGCUAACACUAGAGGAAACGCCACACAAGUACAUGCAUACCUACAUAGUCGUACAUAUAAUGAAUACAAUCAAAAUAUGCCAUCGAAUGAUAUUAAUUGAUAUUAGCCAUAAUAAAUGCAAAACUAUAAUAAAAUAUGUAUACAUAGAAAUUAAAUGAGCGCAUAACCAAUUCGCUUCAGCAAAACAAACCAAAAAUACAAUAAUGCAAAUUCCGAAGAUCCUAUUUAACUUUAUGCAUGUCCGACAAUGCCCAACAAUUACAACAGAAAUAACAAAACAGCAAUUAGCGCGAACCAUACAAAACAUCCAGACAGACACGUGGUGAACUAGUUAGUCAGCAUAGGAACACACACGCGCACACACACACACAUUACUUGAUAGUUGAGAUGCUCCCCAUAUAUUAGAUGUAGAACUUGUCGUAUAAGAACUAGCUGACUCAUCAGAGGGUACAAAGAGGGUACACUUACAGUGGAACCUGAUGCAUCGUCACCACGCCUCCAACUGGCAGCCCCCAUCUGAGUGUACGUUUGUAUGAAAGGCAUAUAGAAAUCGUAGUUCACUGAAUGUCAAACAAGAGUUAGUUUUAACACACACAUACAAAGAUACACACAUGCAUACAGCUAGAGAUAUUACUGUUUACAUACACAUAUUUAAAGGUAUACAUACAUACACAUUUAGCAUAGUAAUUUAGUAUACUUAUACAUAUACAUAUAUACAUACAGACGAGUACAGUAAACUAGGUACGAGAACGCACGGCAAAAGAUAUUCUCGAGUGUGACCUCCACAUACAUAUAUCUAUGCAUAAGUGUGCGAGUAUGUCUUGGAUGAUAAAUUACAAAUAAAUGUUCAAAAUAAAAACCAAUUAAAAUGAUAACAAAAAAACAACAUACAUAUAACAUGUAAUAGAUCAACUAAAAAUUAUUGCAGUUGAAUUUUGCUGUUUAAAGGGGCAGCUGGGGGAAAGCGGGGUUUCGAUUUGCAUAUGGCGCGCAUUAUCUAUAUCGUUUCGGCUUAUCUUUAGUUUUUUUAUCCAAAUGGUGAGAGUGUGUGCGCAUUGUUUACAAUAUUUUGUGUACACACUGGCAAAAGUUGGUUUGCAUUUUUUCAUACAGCCGGGAAGUGCAAUGACAGUUAGCGGAGGCGAGGGGGAGGCAAGUAGUAGUACUAUAGUUCAAAAUACAUAAUUGAAUGUUGUGUAUGCAUGUCUAUAGCUAACCGAGCUCACAUACGCAGGAUCGAAAAGUAUAACCUUUACCUUAACCUUAACCUUAACCGUUACCGUACCCGUAAACGUAAUCGUAAUCGUAACCGUAACCGUAACCGUAACCUUAACCGUAACCUAAUCGAACCACGAUACAGACAUAGCUUAAGAAACAAGCGAGUUGUAAUGUACACUAAGAUGUUUUUAGCACUAGAACUAACGAGUAGUUGGACUAUGAGAGGCAUUGCAUGUUUGAACAUGACAAGAAACGAUUUAGACGUAGACGUGAUUUUAAACCGGAGGAAGGCAGAGCGCUCGAUUCUGACAAAUUGAAGCUGAUGCGUUAACUGCAUUUUUGUGUUGUUAUUUUGUUUAUGAAAAAAAAAGUGACAAAAUAAGAAAUAAAAAUGAAGAUUUUCGUUAAGUAAACGGUAACUUAGACAGAUAAAAAUUUAAAGCAUUGUUGACCAAACCAAUAAAAAAAGUUUAAAAAAUUUGGCUAUAAGAAAAAACAGAACAUUUAUGAAAAGCAAACUUUAUAUUACAAAA